GCAUUCUACAGUUUGCUUUGUGAAAUCCCUGGAACCUGCUUACAGCGUUGCUGAACAUGAACAUGAAAUUGGCUUAUCUUCUUUUAGCUCUGUGCACAGCCAUCAUAUUCAUCUUGGUCUGGGCUUUCCAAAACAGAGGAGGGAAGCCCAUGCUUUGUGACAGCCAUCUUCAAGAGAUGGGAAGGGAGGAAAGAAGCCAUAGAAUCUACAGCCAGGUAUUUGCUGAUUUGACUCCGGAAGAGAUCAUGCAAGUGAAGAUCUACCUGCAGUACAACCUGGGGGUGCCAUUGGUAGAACCUCCUCAAGCCAAGCCAUCGGACAACUGCAUUUUUUCUAUCAGCCUUCAGCUUCCUCCCAAAGCUGAAGUGCUCCAAUUCCUGGACCACCAAGGGAGCAGGCCUGCACGGCAAACUCUGGCUAUACUCCAUUUUGGAAACCAGCAGGACCCAAAUGUCACAGAGUUUGUGGUUGGUCCGCUUCCAAAUCCAAUGUACCACCAAGAUGUCACAGUGCAGAAGUAUGGAGGGAAGUUGCCUUACUACAGAAGGUUUCUCCUAAAUAAUGAGUUCAAAGAAAUCGUUACUUUCCUGAAGAACAAAGAAUACCCCAAGGCUCCAAACUUUAUGCAGAAAGUACUAUAUUACAAUGGAAGCAAUCUCACAAACUUCCCUGCCUUACCACCUGGACAAAAAUCAGGAGACCGGAAAAUCUGGGUUGUUCAUUCUCAGAAUGUCCCUGGCAGUUAUCUGCAUCCGGUUGGAUUUGAAAUCCUGGUAGAUCUUAGCAGCCUAGACAUUUCUCAUUGGAAAGUGCUAAAAGUCUUCUAUAAUGGACAGUACUUUGAAGACAUGGAAGAUAUUGAGAGACAGUUCAUUAUGGGACAUGUUAAAGUAGCCAAGGUGAAAAAGGCUCCUUCUGACGGAGGAUAUUCCUCAUUGAAGCAGAGGGUUCCACACCAGAGACUAGGCCCCUUGCAGUAUGAACCUCGUGGUCCCCGCUACCGUAUUUGGAAUAACCAAGUUUUCUUCAUGCCCUGGAGUUUUGCCUUUGGCAUAGAUGCUAAUAGGGGGCCACAGAUCUUUGAUGUUAGGUUUAAGGGUGAGAGGAUAGUCUAUGAGUUAAGCUUGCAAGAUGCAUCUGCCAUCUAUGGCUCCAACACUCCAGGGGCAAUGCUGACCAGAUACAUGGACCUAAGCUUUGGCCUUGGUUUAACUGGCUCCACUCUCACCCAGGGCGUGGAUUGUCCUUACCUGGCUACCUAUUUGGACAGGCACUAUUUUCUUGAUUCCUCGUUGCCUGUCACUCGCAAAGGCUCUAUCUGCAUAUUUGAGCAGAAUGCUGAGGUCCCUGUGAGACACCAUUAUGACCGCUCAGAGCCUCCGUUUUACGGAGGGUUGGUGGAUUCUGCUCUUGUCUUCAGGUCCAUAUCUACAGUUGGUAAUUAUGAUUAUAUUUGGGAUUUUAUAUUUCAUCAAAAUGGAGCUAUCGGGAUCAGGAUCCAUGCAAGUGGAUACAUUCAAUCUGCUUUUUACUUUGGCAAUGCCUUGGAAUUUGGAAACAGAGUUGAAGAGUGGACAUUGGGAACAAUUCACACUCACAACAUUAAUUUCAAGGUGGAUAUGGACAUUCGUGGUGUGAAAAAUUCCCUGGUAGCCAAUGACAUGGCUUUUCAGACAGUCAAGGCCCCUUGGAGUCCAGAGAAUAAGAUUCACAGGAUGAAGAUAGUAAGGAAAGUCUUGGAUACUGAGAGCAAGGCCGCCUUCCGCCUUCACGACAACAUGCCAAGGCACAUAUAUUUUGCUGCCAACAGCACAAACAAGUGGGGCCAUAAGCAAGGCUAUCGGAUCCAGAUGGUCAGCUUUUCUGGAGACCACCUGCCAGAAACAGAUCCAAUGGAGCGAGCCAUCAGUUGGGGAAGGUACAAGCUGGCUGUCACCAAACGGAAAGAGGAGGAACCAUUUAGCACCAGUAUCUAUAACCAGAUGGACCCAUGGUCACCUUCAGUGGCCUUUGCUGACUUCCUAAACAAUGAGAGCAUUAUCAGUGAGGACCUGGUUGCCUGGAUCACCGCUGGCUUCCUGCAUAUUCCACAUGCUGAGGACAUUCCCAACACUCCAACGCUUGGGAAUGUGAUUGGCUUCUUUUUGAGGCCUUACAACUAUUUUGACGAUGAUCCUUCCAUGGAUUCUCCAGACAGUGUUUUCUUCAGCAGCCAGCAGGACCCCACUUCCUGCGACGUCAACUACCUUGCCUGCAUGCCAAAAACAGCUGCGUGCUUGCCCAGCUUCCCGCCUUUCACUUAUGAGGGCUUCCAAAACAUGACGACGCUCUGA